AUGUCUCGAUCCGCCGCCGAUGCAACCCGGUUCACGGCCACAGGGCCUUACGCCCACUCCAAGCCUGGAGCUGCGACUCCCUAUAAGCUUCCUGGCUUCAUGGCCAACGCGGCCCAGAAGCAACAGAGUGGACAGCCCGGAGGUAGAUCUGAGACUCCUAAGGAGAAGGUGGAGCGAUUGCGAGCACAAGCCCGCGCUGCUCGGUUAGCCCAGUCGACGUCGCGCGUGGAUCAGAUGAUCGACUUCGGCCGUCGGUUCGCCAACAAAGCUCACAAGACCAUGGUCUAUACUCUCAUUGCUGCAUCUGGUGUCUGCGGAGCCCUCACCGUAUACUCCAUUGUAUCCCUCUCUAUGUACAACCGCCGCCAGCGGACACUCUGGAUCGAGAAGGAACUUCAGACUCUACAGGAUGCCAAGGUAGCCUAUACCAAUGGAACCGCCACACCGGAACAGCUGGAGUUGCUGAAGAACGAGAAAAUUGCCGAGAUAUACCAGCGGAAGAAGGAUGAAGAGCGACAGCAGCGUCCUUGGAACAAGGCGAAGCGGUAUCUACUUGGGGACUUGAAGGCGGACGAGGCCCCCGCUGAGGCGAAUCCCAACCCUAUCCCCGACAGCCUGGUGGCCGAUGAGAAGCCUCGCGUUCUUGAAGCCAUUUAUGUCGCCAAAGUAUCCGGGGAAGCUGUUGCUCCCGUACAGCAGGGCCCACUGGAUACAUUGGCGGCUAAUGCCGAAGAUGCCGCUAAGCAGACGACGCGAAGCUGGAAGAGCUGGUUCACUGGACGGUAA